AUGGUGAUGGACGCCGCAAAUUCAUCGGACCCAUUGGUGCAAAUUCAGGGCCCGUCGAGACUCAGUAUACCGUGGACUACGGGGAUCAUCGUAGCGGCCUACGGGUCGAUUUUUGUCUUAGGGCUCAUUGGAAAUUCCCUCGUGAUCCUGACGCUGACGCGAAACAAACGCAUGAAGGUCGCCACUAAUGUGUUCCUCUUGAACUUAGCCGUCAGUGAUCUUCUUCUUGGAGUGUUCUGUAUGCCUUUCACCUUGAGCGGGGCUCUGCUUCGAAAUUUUAUCUUCGGAGAGUUGAUGUGCAAACUCAUCCCCUUCCUGCAAGGAGUCACUGUUGCCGUAAGCGUGUGGACGUUGGUGGUUAUUUCAGUAGAGCGGUACUUGGCCGUCUGCAGUCCUCUGUCGCAACACGGGAGCUCGUUUGCGUCGCGGCAUGCGUUGCUAAUAACAUUGAUAAUCUGGAUUGUUGCUCUCGCAACGAUGUCACCAACUUUCCUGCUUAGUGAACUGAGACCGGUCGGGGAAACCGGAAGGCAGAAGUGCCGUGAGAUGUGGACGGAUAAAUACAAGGAGUAUGCAUUCAACAUCGGAUUGGACCUUAUGUUAUUUGCAUUGCCGAUGAUUGCGAUGAGUUUCGCCUAUGGAAACAUCUGUUGGAUGCUCAAGAGAGGACUGACUGAAGAGAAGCCCAUCCACAUGAAUCACAUGUCGGAAAUCGUGAUCGCUGGCACCAGUGGAUGUGCUGUGCUCAGCGAUAAAACCAGUCAGGAAGUUAUUGACCGGGAGCCGCGUCUCAUAGUGAAGUGGAGCCGAGUAGAAGAAAACUCGGAGCCUCUGGCAACGACGGAGUUAACCAAUCAGAAAUGGCCCACAACGGCUCUAAACGGCAGCGAGGUCAGCUCGUCAGCCAAAGAGAUGAUCCGAUUUAUGCGGACCAACACCUACGAGCAUCGGAUGGCAGUUCGCAACCGAGUCAUCCGUAUGAUGUUUGUUGUGGUAAUUGAGUUUUUCAUUUGUUGGACACCGAUUUACGUUAUCAAUACGGUCAACUCGAUAUCGCCAGCACACCUGUCGCCCUUAGGCAGCCGGGGUGUAUCGCUCUUCCAUCUCCUAGCGUACUGCUCAUCUUGUUGCAAUCCAAUUACGUAUUGCUUCAUGAACCGCAACUUCAGAAGAGAGUUCCGGCGGGCUGUGCGAUGCAACGAAUUCGGCAUGGAGUUACUCCUCAUAAUGAAUUGGACCGUAAACGAGGAAAUAUGCAAGCUCGAUCGCGACCGCAUGAGAGCAUUGUCCAUUAGUGCUCCAGAGGCCGCGAACGAGACCGCGACCAUCCCGCCAGACCAGAUGGACGAGUUCUGGUAUCCAGACCUAUACUUCGACCAAGCGAGCUCGGUCGUGAUGCCGUCGGAGGUUAAUCCGACAAAAAACCUCAGAAUGAUGCGCUUGGAGAAUGGAUGCGAAUUCAAGACCAGGAUCAAAUUAUCAACGGCAAUCAGAUGCGUGAUGGAUUUCAUCUGGUUUCCCGUGGAUACGCAAGUAUGCCCGAUAAACAUCAGAAGCUUCAUUUACCCCGAGAAGAACGUUGGUUUCUACUGGAGGUAUUUUCCGGAAGACGCAACCCGGAACGCUCUCAGAAUCGACCCCGGGCUGCUGUCCCUGCAAUAUUCUUUGGGAUACGAGUACUUUCCAGAACUCCGAGAUCGUUGGUCGGACCCGAUUUACGCUGAAUUCAAAGCUCGCGGCGUCAGUUUCGUGCUCAGGUUCCGCCGGAACGUUUUCUACCAAAUACUAAACACGUACAUCCCGUUCCUGGGGAAUGUCAUCACUGCGUUUGCGGCAUUUUGGAUGAGUUCUCAGGCCAUCGCGUCGAGAAUCAAUAUGACGACCAUAACCCUCUUGGCCAUGUUCACGCAGAUGAGCACCUAUCGCACUCAGUUGCCACAACUUCCUCUAGUCACGGCGUGUGAUUCAUUCGUAAUGCUUUGUAUGUUGAAUGUCUUCGCGAGCACCGUGGAAUGUGUUCUGGUGCAGCGAGCCAAUCACUUGAUGAAACGAGACGGAAAAGGGCCGAAGCGGAUCGUAUCCCGACAGAAGCAUUUCUUCAAUCAGAAAACAUCGAAGCGCGACAAGAAAAGUCCGAAACGGAAUCCGAUGGCGUUAUUCCCACGCAUUUUCCAUCCUCGCUCGUGGCAAAAACCGCAGAGAGCUGUCCAAGAACCGCUCAUGGUUGACGGUGUCAUGAGGAAGUAUUUGGUCGCGGAGUUCGUGCUCCUAGUUUGCGUAGCUCAUCCGCUGGCGCUUGUUUUUCUUGCGCGUUAA